UGUCAAAAAAGGAGUGGCACAAGUCACCUUUUACAAAUGACUUAAGAACUGUAUUGAACAGUUUGAUUAAUGUUAAUGAAUGAUUUACUAAUAACCAUGAAUAACUCUUGGGUUAAUAAUCUUCUCCAGAAAAAGGCUCUUAAGGUUAUCUGUGAGUUUCCUGUCCAGUAUCACAGACUUACUGAUCGAAUUAUUAUAUAAAGCAAGAAACAAAUGACCCUUUAAUGAUAACUUGCUAACAUUCAUAAUUGUAGACUUGAUGGUACUUAAUACAGCCAUUUGUUACAACUCAUUAACGCUUUAGUGAAGUUGCUUUAUUAGAGACUGGUACCAAAAAAGUCAUAUAUUGUUUCACUCGGACUGCUCUUCGACACGCCUGUAGACUAAUAUUGCAGGGAAACGCAUCAUAGCCGUUUGUUGUUCUUGUUAGUCGCGCUAACUGAAAGCGAAUUCACCGGCGUCUGUUCUCUUCAAAAAAGAGAGAGAAAAAAAAAAAAAAAAAAAAAAAAAGGAAGCACUCCGCCCAGCUCCAGCCUCCUUCACUUACAUGACCUUAUCCGAGGAAGCUGGAAGCGAAAAUCGAUGUGAAACACUGAAACAAGUACAAAGACUUUCUUCCCUUUUUUUUUCGCUUUGCGUUUCUUUGUAACCGGCGACAGCAGGCUCGACAACAGACCGCCGUCUGUCCACAGGAGCGAGCAAACGAAGACGCUUUUCGUCCUCACAGUAACAGCUGUGGAAGAAGAAACUUUUUAGAGGACGUCUCCAAAACUAUGAGCAGGAUGUUUAACAGUUUGGACCUGGUCGUUGUAGGCUGCCUCUUUCUAAUGGUUGAAUCCCAAACAGGCCAAAUCUUACCGCCACAAAAUUUGUCCCAGCUGUGGAGAGAGGAAUUUCAACCAGAGUUUACCUGGGCACCACCAAAGCAUUCAGUAUCAAAUUGCACCUAUCGAGUAAUAGCAAAAAACAAGGACGAAGACAACGAAAAAAGAACUUGGACCGAUUCCCCUCCCUGGUCAAACUACAUAGUGAUGGAAGGAGGAUUUCUGAAUCUGUCCGUUCAAACUGUCUGUAAUGGCAAAGCAAGUGAGCUGGCUUCCCUCAUCGUCAAUUACCCAGAGAUGGUGAAGAAUUUGGAGUGCUACAUACGUUCCUCCAAACAAACUCAGUGCUCCUGGGAGGCAGCCGAUCCCACCACUGAUCUCAGUUUUUUCUAUCGAUUAGUGGAUGAAGAUUUGACUGUUUCUUUUGGGGACGAGCCCUCGCCCUUACGAGAGUGCUCAUCGUACAGUUCCACUGAGGGCGUGAGGACUGGUUGUGAACUGCAGGCGAAGGUCAAACAGAUUAUCCACAUCUUUUUUAACGGAACAGUGAACAACACUCUCUUCAGGAACACCUUCACAAAAGAUCUUUUGGAUAAUGUGAAACCACCUCCCCUUAACUGGACGGUCAUUAAGGCUAGGGAUAAAUUCAUCAUCAGCUGGAUUCCUCCUGACAUUGGAAAUCUGACAUGGAAGUUCCAAAUUAAUUACACUGAGUGUGUUAAUACAACGAUUAAGACCAUUGAAAGAGGAACAUCAGCUCAUCUGAACCUGGUUGCUCACUGUCAGUAUCGCAUAAGUAUUAGAGCAAAGCAUGAAAACUCUUGUACGCAGUGGAGUGACGACAAGUAUUUUGAUGCAGAUACAGAUCCUAAAGCAAUGGUGUAUCUUGCCAUUAUCAUCCCACUGAUGUUUGCUGCCCUGGCAAUCCUGAUUUUUGUGUGUUGCAGGAAGAAUAAGGAACAUAUCUUCCCCAAAGUACCACAACCUCGGGACUUCCUCAGCGAUAUUUCCGACAACAAUAAUAAGAGCACUGUUUGUGAUCUGUACAUCCCAGCAAAGGAAGAGGAGAACUGUAACAUCACUCUGGUAAUGGAUCCCCAAAUCAAUAAUACAGAAGAAAAACACAAACAAUAAGACACGAUACUGCCAAGUCUGCAGUGAUAGCAGCUCGCAUCUGGAACAACUGAUGGGGUCUCCCAGAGUCUUGUUGAUCUGACUCUUACAAAAACAAUGGAAGCCUUUACUGUUCAAUUGAUGAAUCCAGGCACAGACUUUGGACCCUUUGUUUUGUGGCACGUUGAGUGAGUCAAGGGAUGCGUCAACCAGAACCUCCGUUGCACAAAGAACACUGGCAGCUACUACAUUCAGGUGCAAUGUUGUUUGCAAACUGAUGCAGCUGAAAUCCGACUUCACUCGCUGUUAUUUAGACAGGUGAAGUAAGUUACACUGAAUGACACGGCACUAAGUUGAAUUCACAUUCUAACCAGUCCUCCAGUAACAAUUCCAGUCCUUAUCACCAUGUUAUGUUUGCAACACCAGCAGUUCUAACCCAUUAGUUACAGUAAAUUUGUCCUUGUUCAGAUUUAAAAAAAAAAAAUCAUAUUAAAUGCAAUAUCUUUGUAGUAUCAGUGUCAGAGAACACAAGCAACUUAGAGACAUCAUCUUUUGCUUUCGGGAACUUUUAUCAGUGUUUGUUUGUAUGUUUUUAAACCUAUAAUAUACCUGGUUUGAUUCUAUUAUAAAACUAAGCUAUUAAGGCUCAUUUACUGUUCAGCUUUUCUACUGAUCCAUGACUGUCCCUGUCAAAUAAGCAUAAAAAGUCAACUAAUAGAAUACCAAGCAAGCCAGUCUGAUGUAUACAAAUAUACAAUACUUAUGUCUCAAGGCCAACAUCUUCUCUGGUCUACCAUGCUCAGUGCCAGUCAUCCUUCCCGACUUGGGAGAUUAAUAAAUAUCACAAUUACAGCGCAAUAAAAGGUUUUGAUAUACAGUGCUAUUGGUAUUUCAUUGUGUCCAAUCCAAUGUUUGUGGUUUAACUUCUCCAGGGAUUUCCUUUAUUUCGGUGUUCAGGUGUUCGUAGAGCUAAAACUCACCUGAAAGUGUAUUUCAUUUGCUAGGUUGAGAACACACUGAAAUACGUAUAAUUAAAUGAAUUUCCUCCCUCUCAUGUACCAUGAAUGUGAAAUGACUGAAGCACUUCUGUGUAAAUACUGAUGUAUCAAUAUUGGUGCUCUACACUUUGAAAUUGUUGCCAGUUUGAAUGUCCAGCUGUGAACGGUUUAUAUUUGAUUUUACGUUCUUUUUAAGAAAUAUUUUUGAGUGUUUGCUUUGUUGUGAUUUUAUUUGCAUGUGACAGUGUCCAUGUGAUAAUUAUGCAUCUGGAGCCAGUAGCAGGUUAGCUUAACUUAGCUUAGCUUACUAAUACUUUUUUUCUUUUUUUUUUUAAGGUUAUGAAAUGAAAAACAGUAGAUUGGAUUUCCCAGCAUGUUGAGCUUUUAACACAGCGUUAAUGGCUUGGAGCAAUCUGUAAAAUCUGCAAUCUUUUUUUCUUGAGCUGAUCAUUUGACACCAGUUGAAGUUGUGUGGUUUGUAAAUGUAUCAAACAGCAUAAAGUGCCAAUAUAUCUGUUUUGGUUGUUGUUAUAAUCACUUAAGAGUGUUUAUGUUCUGUUUACUUUUUUUAAAUGCAAAUGAUGAUCUGAAACAAUGUAUUGCAUUUUUGAUUUAAAAGUUUAAUCAUUUAUUUGAUGAUGUUUGCCCUCCCUCUGCAACUUAUUUCUGUCCUGCUUUUGAUUUGUAUUGUUGUUGAUUUGUUUGUCAAAGCAUUAUUAUUACUAUUAUUAUUGUUAUUAUUAUUAUUAUUCAUUUGUGCAUUCUGUCAUAUAUGGACCAAAUCCAGAAUACAAAGUCAGAGUUACAGCCAUCUAGUUAACAAGGUGGAUAGAGAGUUUACAAGCCUGAGCUCACAAGUUUAGUUUUGGGACUAAAAGAAGUGAAGCGACCUAAGGAUUAUUGAUGAAUGGAGAAUACAGUUGUAACCAAAGCACAGCAUAUGUGGGUAAGUAGACUGGUAGAUUUUCAGAUGUUUGAAGGAGGGGAUUUCUUAGUUAAACAGAAAAGUUUCACUUCUCCUCAGUUUAAAACCAAUGAAACUCAACUGGUCAACUUUAAAGUCAGACAGGGAAGUUUUGAAACUGGUUUAAAAUUGCUACAUUCUGGGUCCAGUGACUUUUUUCCAAGAACAGUUGAACGGGUGCAUUCCUGAAAUUUCCUGAGAUGCUACUUUCUGUUACCAAGCUUUUUUUCCCCUUCUGUGUGGACAUACUGUAAUGUAGAUACAGUCAUGUUACAGUAAUAUAUAACUUAUCUCUCUGGGCGCAUGUUGUGUGACUGAUUCAGCAUCAGUGGAUAACUCCUGGCAGGUUUUAAUGAUGAUUUGAAACUUACUAAGGCACAUGUCUGUUGUGGAAAUUCACUAUCCAAUGUCAUUGGACUAAAGCAGAGGCCAAUUUACAGCUGUGUGCCGUAAAUUACAAGAUU